AUGUCCGUCAAAACACUAGUUGUCGCCGGAGGAAGCGGCUUCUUGGGAUCCAGGAUCUGUAAAGCUGCAGCGGCAAGGGGAUGGACAGUUACAUCAUUAAGUCGAUCUGGCGAGCCACGAUGGGAAACAAUUACAGAUUCCAAAGAACGACCUAGCUGGGCAAACUCGGUGGAAUGGGCCAAGGCCGACAUCCUUAAGCCAGAGAGCUACAAGCCAUAUCUGAACGGUGCCUCUGCCGUUGUUCACAGCAUGGGAAUUCUCUUGGAAGCUGACUACAAGGGGGUUGUGCAAGGGAAGGAACCGAUCAUCAGUGGCCUUCAGCGAGCUUUUAGUACAUCUAAGCUUGGAAGCCAAAAUCCUCUGUCAAGGCAAGAGGGAGAGGCUUUGCAGCCAAAGGAGAAGGAUGGGCAAUUGACUUAUGAAUUGAUGAAUCGAGAUUCAGGUGCGUAUAGUGGGCCUAAGUUAAUGAUGGCUGGAUUUUGUUUUGAGGAAGCUAACAUGUGGGAUGUAGCUAUUGCACUAGCUCAAGAGUCCAGUAAUGAGAAUGUCCCGGCCUUCGUUUACAUCUCUGCCGCGGCCGGGGCCCCGCUUCUGCCGACCAGGUACAUCAGUACCAAAAGAGAAGCAGAGGCAGCUAUCACAUCCAACCUCCCGGGCCUACGAAGCAUCUUCAUGCGCCCGGGCUUCAUGUACGACUCGAGCCGGAAGUUCACGCUGCCAAUUGCAAUGGGUGGCUUUGUUGCCGCCGAGUUCAACACGUUCCUCGGUAACAGGCUUGGUUUCCUCGGGUCUAUGGCGGAAAAGCCCCUCAAAGCUGAUGUUGUGGGCGAAGCGGUAGUCGAAGCAUUGGAGGAUGAAACCACUAAGGGUGCGGUUGGCACAAAACAGAUUGAGGCACUUGCAACAAAAGCCUGGCGAAAGACGAUGCUCUAG